AUGCGGGAAAUCCAAGAAGCCCAGAGAGAACAGAGGACUGCACUGGAGAUGCUGAUGAAGCAACUUUCUCAAGUCGUGAUGUCACUGGGCGAGCUGAGGGGAAAUGAAGAAAAGAUUCCAGCCACUGUGCAGCCACCUGGUGGAGAGAACAUUAACGAAGUAUCCCUGAGAUCAGGAAAAGUCUACCAGAACCCUACUCCACCUAUGAAAUCUCCAGCAUCUAUGUCUGGACCGAGCCAUGAUGAAGAAGGAGAAUCCAGUGGAGCAGCGCAAGCAGAAGGGAGCGAAGAGGGAAAGACAGCAGUGGGAGGUGAAAACUCAGAGGAAAGUCAGAGAGAGGAAGCUGAGAAAGUUAAGCCAUAUUCGUACCGAGGAAUGGUGACAAGAAAGAGGGACGCCACGAUCGACGUGGCGAGUAUGUUCAAGGAUGUGGAAGUAAAGGUGCCGCUCUUGACGGCGUUAAAAAUGCCCCCGAUUAGUAAAUUCAUCAAAGACUACUUGGCGGCAAAAGUCAACGAGGAAGGGAGACUAAUUACAGAAGAAAAUGUAACCGUGGCAAUCCAACCAAGUGAUCUUCCACCAAAGAAGACUGGCCCAGGAGUGUUCACGCUCCCAAUUUCCAUCAGAAAUGUUCGAAUGGAGCACGCAAUGUGCGACCUAGGGGCUUCCAUCAAUGUUAUUCCAUAUUCUAUAUAUGAAAAGCUGGGAGAAGCUAAGCUUGUCAAAACCGGUAUGGUGAUACAGCUAGCAGGGGAGUCUUACAUUCACCCAGAGGGAAUUCUGGAAGAUGAAAUCGUCAAGGUAAACAAGUUCAUGUACCCCGCCGACUUCUUCGUCAUAAAGGUGACAAAGCCAGGAGCGGAGGACAAUUGA